CAGCAGACCUUCUGUGCCAUGCUGCUCCCCGACAAGACUAGGAGAGCCAUCAGUAAAAAACUUCGAAGGCCAGAUCACUUGGCAGGCGUAGGUCAUCGUGUUCUUAGAGGCGUGAGCACCGGCCCAACUUAUCGCUGUCGCCGGCGUUCUUCAGACGGGAUUAUUGGAUCGUUUUCGUUCACGUCAUUCUCAGUCCUCGUUAGAUAACCGUCUUUGCUGGCUUUUCCGAAGGACCGUGAUUUAUGGCGCCUACUAGCUCAAGCGACGAGGAGAAUCGUCGGGAGGAUAAGCGGGACCGGAAAGACCGAGAUGAAAAGCGUAGGAGCGUGAGCAAGGAGGACAAGCCUCGCAGCGAGAAGAAAGACAGGAAGGAGCGGGAGGAGAAGCGGCGUAAGCGGCGGCGACGCGAUUCCUCGAGCGAUUCCAGCGACUCUAGCGACGACAGCGACGGCUCGGAAGCUUCGAGCAGCGGAUACAGCAGCGACGAGAGCGAAAUCAGCAGGAAGAAGAGACGGCGAGGGAAAGAGGGAAAGAACCGCAAUCGGAGGAAUUCGAGCAGCAGCAGUGAUAGCGACGAAUCAGACGACAGUGAAUCCAGCGAUGAGGACAGGAGUAAACGAAAGUCAAGAUCGUCCAAGUCAUCUAGCAGCAAGGAGGAAUGAGGAGAAACAGAAGAAGAAGAGUAGCAGCCGUCGUGACCGUCGCCGAUCGAGCAGUGACCGGCGAUCUGACAAGAAAAGUAAAAGCAAAAGACGAUCAUCAGACAAGCUCCCAUUGCGGCGCGUGUCACAUGGGCCGUGCCACAUGCCGUCCUCCUGUCUCUUCCUCGAGUGCAACUCCACACGCCGACACACUUUGCGGCUUUGAAACUCAUCAACAAAAUCUGGCUCAUUCUUGCUGGAAUUCUACCCGGUUUUGCGACCUGCUUCUACACUGCUCAUCUGUUUUCAUUCUAACGUCCCUUUCCCUGUCACUACACUUGUUCUUUCAAUGCGCCUUGCUCCUCGUUGUUGGUUGUUUUCAUUUUGCACUAAAUCAACUGUGCCUUCCUUCACACCGGUUCAGAAAGGAUCAAAGUCUGCUGGCGAAGCCACACCAGGCCCAGUGCAACUCUCACAGUUUCUUGGUCGUGAUGAUGGCUCCACGCGUUACAGCGUAAUUUCGGGCAAGAAGAUUCGCAUGAAGGUGGAUAAGAACAAGGAUGACAAGGUAGCUGAAGCCAAUCGAUCUGAGCUCCUGCGUUUCCUCAAUUCAAGCUACGACUAGAGCUUGACCCGAAAACAGGCUGAGGUGGCGUUUUUUUUUUCAAGGCUUCAAGAAUAUUGGUAGAGAGCUCCAGUUGUUGUGUGGUCGCUUUGUUGUCUUGUCUUCCUUACCUUUUGAUUUCUAGCAUUGCACUUCAGAAGUCGUUGUGACAGAGAACAAGUGUGGAGGUUUGCCCAAUUUAGCAACUCAAAGGAACUGAGC